AUGGGGAGUCUUCGAGAUGGCACAGGUGGGACAGCCUCUCACAAACUGAGCAACUUCCUGGAUGAUUCCAGGCCACCAAUAUCACUGACGGAGGAGCGAGCGGGUCUGUUGGCUGCCUGGGUGUCCAGAACACAGAGAGGAUUGCAUGGAGUCCAUGAGCGUUAUUCGCAAGAUGGAUGUCCUCUGUCCCCUUUAUCUCUGCUGAGGAUGACCUUUGGUUUUUUGAGCACAGGAGACCAGGCAGCCAAGGGAAACUAUGGACUUCUUGAUCAAAUCCAGGCCCUGCGCUGGAUGAGUGAAAACAUUGCAUUCUUUGGGGGUGACCCUUUACGCAUUACUGUUUUUGGGUCUGGGGCUGGGGCCUCGUGUGUCAACCUGCUGACUCUUUCCCAUUAUUCUGAAGGUAACCGUUGGAGCAAUUCAACCAAAGGUCUUUUCCAAAGGGCCAUAGCCCAAAGUGGCACAGCCUUGUCCAGCUGGGCUGUCAGCUUUCAGCCGGCCAAGUAUGCCCGCAUGCUGGCCAAAAAGGUGGGGUGCAACCUCAAAGAUACAGUGGAGAUGGUAGAGUGCUUACAGAAAAAACACUACAAAGAACUAGUGGAGCAGGACAUCCAGCCUGCUCGGUACCACAUCGCCUUUGGACCCGUCAUUGAUGGUGAUGUGAUCCCCGACGACCCUCAGAUCCUUAUGGAACAAGGGGAAUUCCUCAACUACGACAUCAUGCUGGGCGUCAACCAAGGCGAGGGGCUAAAGUUUGUGGAACUCAUUGUAGACAACGAGAACGGAGUUCAAGCCAACGAUUUUGACUAUGCCGUGUCAAGUUUUGUGGAUGAUUUAUAUGGUUACCCCGAGGGGAAGGACAUCCUGCGGGAGACCAUUAAGUUUAUGUAUACUGACUGGGCUGACCGCCACAACCCGGAGACCAGAAGAAAGACCCUGCUGGCACUCUUCACAGAUCAUCAGUGGGUGGCACCAGCAGUGGCAACAGCAGACCUCCACUCCAGCUUUGGCUCGCCUACUUAUUUCUACGCCUUCUACCAUCACUGCCAGACAGAGCAGGUGCCACCCUGGGCUGAUGCGGCACAUGGCGAUGAGAUCCCAUAUGUGUUUGGGCUGCCCAUGAUUGGUCCAACUGAGCUUUUCCCCUGCAACUUCUCCAAAAAUGAUGUGAUGCUUAGUGCAGUGGUAAUGACCUACUGGACCAACUUUGCCAAGACCGGUGACCCCAACCAGCCAGUUCCACAGGACACCAAGUUCAUCCACACUAAGCCUAACCGUUUUGAGGAAGUGGCCUGGACGCGUUACAACCAAAAGGACCAGCUGUACUUGCACAUCGGCUUGAAGCCCCGUGUCAAGGAACAUUACCGUGCCAAUAAGGUCAACUUAUGGCUGGAGCUGGUGCCUCAUCUCCACAGCCUCAACGAGGUCACCCAGAUCAUUUCCACCACCACUAAGUUGCCUCCACCCGAGGUCACUCCCCGUACACCAAAGAAGAUCCCACUCAACACCAAGAGGCCCUACCCUACACCGUUUCCCACUGAAACACUGAACCAGAACCAACCCUUCCUAGAGAAUCAGCGGGACUACUCCACCGAACUAAGCGUCACCAUCGCCGUUGGUGCCUCGUUGCUCUUCCUCAACAUAUUGGCAUUUGCUGCACUCUACUACAAGAAGGAUAAGCGAAGGCACGAUGUCCACCGGCGUUGCAGCCCACAGAGGACCACAGCCAACGAGCUGCCCCAUACGCAAGAAGAGGAGAUCAUGUCUCUACAAAUGAAACACAGUGACUUGGAGCGCGAGUGCCGGGAGGCCAUGCACCCGCACGAGGUGGUCCUGAGAACUGCCUGCCCGCCCGAUUACACACUCGCCAUGCGCCGAUCGCCGGACGACAUCCCUCUCAUGACCCCAAACACCAUCACCAUGAUACCCAACAGCAUGCCAGGCCUCACCUCCUUACACCCCUUCAAUAGUUACCCCAGUGGACAGAAUAACACCCUGCCCCAUCCACACCCUCAUUCACACUCCACCACUAGAGUAUAGCCACACACACACGGUCUCACACACAAACACCAACAUACACACACAUAUACACUCCCACCGUUGUGGAGUACAAGUGUGACAACAAAUGGAGGAGAUGGCACUGGGUUGAGGAAUAUCUUUACUCCCGGUGCUCCGAGGAACAGUAAACAACAAUGCUGAUUUUUGUGCCUCGAGAGCAAAACCAUCGUUUUAUAUUAAAGGCGAAAAACUAAAAGACAAAAAAAAAAAACUAUUUCUGAUGUAAUGAAAAACAAACAGAGAUGAUUUUUUACCCUUAUAUUGUGACAAAACCAGGGCCAUUUCCUGGGAACAACUAUCAGUCUGGGAUUCUUUGAGGAAUGGUUUGAUUCAGUUACCCAGAGAGGAAACAACGGAAGCACAGAAUAGAUGAUGUGUGGGAGGCCCUUUGUAAACAAAAGGAAACAUAUUGUUUUCCCGGGGCACUGGAUUGUAGAUUACUCUCUUCAGAGCAGACGGGAGAUGCUGUUUACCUAAUUUAGGAAUGUGUUCUCCUUCUGGUGGAGAAUGUGGAAUACUACAGGAAAAAGAAGAGAAUGAGAAAUCCUCAAGAAUAUGCACAAUAGAGACAUUCGCUGAAUGUCUUUGAAUUCUUUUUGUCAAUUUAUUUUUGGGGGAGCAAUUUUAUUGUAUAGGACAUAUUUACAUAUCUAGAUAUGUACACAAAACACCCAUGCUCUUUGAGCUCUGGCUGGGGGCAUUGAUACUGAGGAAUCUGCCUCAAGAGCGUAGCGGGGAAUUUAUUGGCUUCCUGGCAGAUACAGCU